GGGCCGGAGUUUGGGGAUUUUUGUUUGCCACACUUUAUGAGUGAGCCUAGUAGCAAAAAAAAAGAACAGCCGGUUGUAUAAGGGGGGUGGGCUAAAUUAUAUAACUUAAUAUAUGUGUAACUAAACUAGAAGGAAUUGAUUAGAUAACUAAUAAAUACUGUGGAAAUUGAGAAUUACAAUAAUUAGAAUAAUUAAUAAUUAUAAUUUAUAAUAAUUUAUAAUUACAAUCAUGUUAAGAAAUAGAACUCAGAAGGAAUUAUUACAAUUAUCUAAACAAUUAAUUCAACCAUUAUUACCUACUUUUCAUAAAGGUCAGGCUGGUAGAAUAUUAGUUAUAGGAGGAUGUGAAGAUUAUACUGGAGCUCCAUUCUUUUCAAGUCAUUCAUCAGCAUUAAUUGGUGCUGAUUUAUCUCAUGUAAUUUGUGAGAAAGUAGCAGCUCCAAUUAUUAAACUGUAUUCUCCUGAUUUAAUGAUUCAUCCUUAUUUAUUUGAUUUAAAUAAUCCUGAAAUUCAAUUAACUACUGAUGAAGUAGAUGAUAUUUUAAAAAUCCCCAUUGAAAAAUUAAUUGAUUCAAAUCAACCAAAAUUAACUAGUAUAAUUGAUAAGAAAGUAUUACCUAAAAUUCAAAAAUUACUUGAAAGAACUGAUUUAGUGGUAGUGGGACCAGGUUUUGGUCGUGAUCCAUUAAUGUUAAAAUCUUUAAUUCGAAUCAUUGAAGAAAUUAAAGUAUUGAAUAAACCACUAAUUUUAGAUGCAGAUGCAUUAUUCUUAAUAUCAGUUAAUCCAGGAUUAAUUAAGAAUUAUCCAAAUGCAUAUUUAACUCCUAAUGUUGUAGAAUUUGAUAGAAUUGCUAAAAGUUUAAAGAUUGAAUCAAAUUUCAAUGAAUCAGAUUUACAAAAAAUUAUUGAUGUUACAACUAAGAUGUCAAAGAAAUUAGGUAAUGUAACAAUAAUUAGAAAAGGUGGAAAAGAAAUCAUUGUUAAGAAAGAAGAUUAUCUUAUAAAUGAAACAGAAGGAUCAGAUAAAAGAGUUGGAGGUCAAGGUGAUACUUUAACAGGAGCCUUGGCAACAUUAAUUAAUUGGUCUAAUAAUUAUAAUGCUAAUUUGUGGAAUAUUGAUAGUAAGGAUAAAGAAAAAUUAUCUAAGGAAGAAGCUAAUUUAUUGGCAUGUUAUACAGCAUGUGCCAUAGUUCGAGUAGCAGCUAGAAAGGCAUUUAAAAAGUAUAAACGAUCUAUGCAAACAUCUAAUAUUCAUGAGUUCUUAGGUGAAACGUAUAGUGACUUUUUCGAUAACGAUACGUAUUUAAAAUUGUAAAUUGGGUGCAAAAGUUUUUGGGAGGUUUAUUAUGAGAAUUAUAUAGUGAAAGUAAAAAAAAAAUGUACAGUUAGGCAUAUCUUUGCCUAUUUCGGAUAUAUGCGCACAAUCACAUACGA